AUGAGCCUGACCAAUCCGCCCUCGGGGCCCGGUUCGGGCAGCGCCGGCGUUGUUGGCGGUAGCGUGCGAACGCAUCAGUCCCUGAAGCGUGGCGUGCAGGCCGCUUUUGACGAAGGUCUCGGCCGCUCGGGCGGCUACCAGCCCAAAGCCCGCGUCACGGAGCGCUAUCGCAUCGUCGGAUUCAUCAGCAGUGGUACGUAUGGCCGCGUGUACAAGGCCGUCAACCGCGCCAACAUUGUCACGAGCACGAAUGGCACGCCGGUGCCCAUGGGCCACGAGGUGGCCAUCAAAAAGUUCAAGCCCGACAAGGAGGGCGAGCAAAUUAGCUACACAGGCAUCUCCCAGAGCGCCAUUCGCGAAAUGAGCCUCUGCAGCGAGCUGAACCACGCCAACGUCAUCCGCCUCAUCGAGAUUAUCCUCGAAGACAAGUGCAUCUUCAUGGUCUUUGACUAUGCCGAGCACGACCUGCUCCAAAUCAUCCACCACCACACGCAACAGCCACGACAUCCGAUCCCACCCGCCACCGUCAAGAGCAUCAUGUUCCAGCUGCUCAACGGCUGCCACUACCUGCACACCAACUGGGUGCUGCACCGCGAUCUGAAACCCGCCAACAUCAUGGUCACCUCGUCGGGCGCCGUCAAGAUUGGCGACCUGGGCCUGGCGCGGCGCUUCGACAAACCCCUACACUCGCUCUUCAGCGGCGACAAGGUCGUCGUGACCAUCUGGUACCGCGCGCCGGAGCUCAUCCUCGGCUCGUACCACUACACGCCCGCCAUCGACAUGUGGGCCAUUGGCUGCAUCUUUGCCGAGCUCCUCUCGCUCCGUCCCAUCUUCAAGGGCGAGGAGGCCAAGAUGGACAGCAAGAAGACGGUCCCGUUCCAGCGCAACCAGAUGAUGAAGAUCAUGGAGAUCAUGGGCGCCCCCACAAAGGACAAGUGGCCGCUGCUCGCCACCAUGCCCGAGUACUCGCAGCUCAACGCCCUGCAGGCCAGCAUGGCCGCCCACCACGGCCGCCACUCGCACGGCGCGCCCCUCGCCUCCAACCUCGAAAAGUGGUACCACAACACAAUCUCCAACGCGCCCAGCAGCAACAACACCUCGUCAGGCACGUCCACCUCGCUCAGCUCCCUCGGCCAGGAGGGGUACAAGCUGCUCUCGGGGCUGCUCGAGUACGACCCCGUCAAGCGCCUCACCGCCGCGCAGGCCCUGCAGCUGCCGUUCUUCAGCACCGGCGACAAGGUCACCGCCAAUGCGUUUGAGGGCCUCAAGGUCGACUACCCGCACCGCCGCGUGAGCCAGGACGACAACGAUAUUCGCACGAGCAGCCUGCCGGGUACCAAGCGCAGCGGCCUCGGGGAUGAUUCGCUGCUGCGGCCGUCGAAGCGAGUUAAGGAGUGA